CUGAUGGUCAUGGAGCUUAUCUUCUUGGUGGGCCUCCUGGCUGGGUCCUUUUUCACUGCUGACUCGGCGGCGCAGAAGGAUGACCCCUCCCCCUACUUGGUGUAUCUCAAGUCUCACUUCAACCCCUGCGUGGGCGUUCUCAUCAAGAGCAACUGGGUGCUGGCCCCAGCCCACUGCUACUUACCAAACCUGAAGGUGAUCAUGGGCAACUUCAGGAUCCGCGUCAGGGACGGGACGGAGCAGUCGGUCAACCCCGUGCAGAUCGUGCGCUACUGGAAUUACAAUCAGAGCAACCCGCAGGACGACAUCAUGCUGAUCCGGCUGGCCAAGCCGGCUGUGUUCAAUCAGAAGGUGCAGCCCCUGGCCCUGGCCACCAGUAACGUGAAGCCCGGCACCAUGUGUCUGCUCUCGGGGCUGGACUGGAGUCAGGACAACAAUGGCAGGCACCCCGACCUGCGGCAGAACCUGGAGGCCCCGGUGAUGACGGACACGGAGUGCCAGAAGACGGAGCAAGGGCGCAGCCACCGGAACUCGCUGUGCAUCAAGUUCGUGAAAGUCUUCGCCCGCGUUUUCGGGGAGGUGGCCGUGGCCACUGUCAUCUGCAAAAACAAGCUGCAGGGCAUCGAGGUUGGAAGCUUCAUGGGGGGCGACGUGGGCAUCUACACCAACAUCUACAAGUACGUGUCCUGGAUUGAGGCCGUCACCAAAGACAAGUGA